AUGUACGUCCGCAACAGCACUAACACCAGUGCCCAGCGUGUUCCUGGCCUUUCACUGCAAUUCCUGCACCGACCACGCCGCGGCACUCUUGACGACGGGUUAUUCCCAGACGAUGAACUCCAGCGAAACACUGCCUACAACAAGUCAUGUGCCUCCCGCCAGAUCUCUGCCUGGGACUCCCACGACUCCCACACUACACGCCAAGACAUCCAAGACUUGGACCCACUAGACACUUCUCUGCAGCCACUCGACACCUCCACGGCCCGGUUCACGCCCGGCCACGCCCGUUCCCGGUCUCUGCCUGGAUCUCCAGCAAUCGCCACUACAAGCACAGCCCACCCGCCAGUACGCCGUACCCGCAGUGUCCAUUUCGAUACCAGCAUUCCUAUCUGCCUGUUCGAUUGUGACAGCAGUCCGCAUUCGGCCCCACCGGGCCAACAAGUCGGCCGCCUGGGCGAGCCGCUCAGCAUGGGCAGCCCGCCGAUCUCGCGCCAGCAACAACGCGUCGUGGAACAGCCCAUGGCCAAUCCAGACGCCCUGGUGCAAGUCCAGGCAGAAACAGACACCACUGCCACCCUGCCGCCUCCACCACCACCACCCUUGCCACUGCCGCCUCCACCACCACCACCCUUGCCACUGCCGCCUCCUACGCCACUGCUGGUUGCCCUUAACUUCGCCACCGUUCCAGGCCCAGACCCACGGGCCACCCGCCAACGCGUACUGUAUGCAGCAGCACCAGAGGGUCCGAACAUCCGUCUAGCAUCACUCACUCUACACAACUACUCGUAUCGUGACGCCUACUACAUUGUCCUGGGCAAGCUGCAUGUACGCAAUUUGGCAUACCACAAGCAAGUCUCGUGUGUGUUCACGUGGGAUUCCUGGACCACCCAGUUACAAAUUACUGCGUCUUACGUGGGCAAGACGCCGAGCGAGCCGCCGAGCGAGUCUGUUCUUUACAAGGCCCCUGGGCAGGAAGAGUCUUGCGAAAAUGACUGGGACAUCUUCCAGUUCGUGUUGGACGUUGGUGAUAUGGCUCUCGACACGUGUCCCCGUCUGGAAUUGUGUGCACACGCCACCCAGGGCGUCGCGCCACAGGGGCCCUGGAGUCACGACGACUGGGCUAACAACGGCGGUGCUAAUUACAUAGUGGCUAUUCGGCCGAGCCUGGCGGGCCGGACCUAA